UCUUUACAGAAGCAACUUCGCUGGCUGGCCAAAACACUGCAGCCAUCUUGCACAGCGCAUCGAGAGUGAGUAAAGUCAGAAAUUUUGUGUGUUGGCUUAUUGUAAACCACGUUAUUAUUCUACCAACAGUCACACGACACAAUUUUGAAACGGAACAGCUAUCGUGAUGGCAUAAAAAAGAAGCCGACAACGUAAAACAUGAUGAAGAGAUUUUCGCCUCCGACACGGUGUUGUUCCGUCUCAUGCAUCCCCUGGAAUGACAGCUGAAGCCAUUGGUACCGCCUUUUACAAUGAGGAACAGCCAAUCAUAACUCGCCGAAAUCCCUGCACGGAGCCGUUUAGUCGUUGUGCGCACGCGCACGUCAGUUGAAGGCGCCGGAGGUGACCGAGAAACACAGUAGAUGUGUCAGAGUCUUGGCCCAUCACAUUCAAGAUUGUUUGUUCUCCUAACAAGUUGAAGUGCAGGAGGUCUCUAUGGUUCAACUAUGGAUGCAUCGACGGCCACCACGGACUCCACUACGGGACACGACCCUGGCAAAACACUUGUUGUUAGUGGCGCUGUAACUCCUCUCCCUCAUCACCAGGGGAAAGUAGCCUCAUUCUCAGUGCAGACUUUAAAUGGGAGCCAAACUAUAAACUCUCACAAUUCAGGAAGCGCUGCCCCUCUCGUGGGGGCGACGGUGACAAGUGUCACUGCUAACAGCACCAGUACUGCAAUAUCUGUCACAGCUGUCAACAGUGGACCAGUGAUGUCAAAAGGGCUGACCAGUGCACUAAUGCACCCCUCGUCAAACAGUGUAAUUCAGACUUCUCUCAUGAACUCGCAAAGUGUUGUCGCUUCAGCUCAGUCUGUGAGCCAGGCAACAGGACCCACUGUGACACUUGUCAGGCCGCCUAUGCAAACCGCGGGGUCGGGUACAAGUUUGAAUGGGAACUUUAAUGUGAGCCAUGCUGUGGUUUCCAAUACAACAGGUCACACAGGUAUUGACAUACACACCCCGCUUGUUAAUAACAGCCAGCCGUCCAACUCGUUGUCUGUCAGCUCAUCACACAUUAUCAAGGCAGAGCCACCCACAACAAUACAGUCACCACCACCACCACCACCACCGCAGCCAGCGGUCACUCCUGGCGCCGUCAGCGCUCCCCGGGUUCUCUCAACGGUAGCUGCCGGUCCAGGCGGGAUACGAGCUCUGACGCCUCAGAUGUUAGCCCCAAGACUCCCCCAGACGUCCUCGGGACAGCCCAGUGUACACAACAUCCAGCUCCCCCCGGGAAUGGUGCUUGUACGCAGUGAGAGCGGACAGCUGCUGAUGAUUCCUCAGCAGGCUCUGGCCCAGAUGCAAGCCCAGGCCCAGGGAGGCAUGGCACCACGCACUGCUACACCAACAAGUGUGCCUCUUGGCCAGACUCCUGGAAACACCAUCAUUAGCAGACAUGUGGCUCCCAGCACCAUUAUCCGUCAAGGCUGUCCAGCCCCAACGUCCUCUGCUGCGACCACCACUCUUCAUAGACCUCCUAUCCUUCAGAGCUCAGUUGGGGCUGCAGUACCAGGAAUUACCCCCAGGACUGUCAGCCAAACAGCUGGCACCACAGUAUCCUCAGUAACCGUGAGCAAAGAGACAAUGGAGAAUGUGAAGAAAUGUAAGAACUUCCUGUCUACACUGAUAAAGCUAGCCUCCACUGGGAAGCAAUCUACAGAGACUGCAGCCUGUGUGAGAGAGUUGGUCAAGGACCUGCUGGAGGGUAGACUGGAAGCUGAAGAAUUCACCAGCAGAUUGUACAAAGAGCUCAAUUCUUCACCCCAACCUUACCUUGUGCCUUUCCUCAAGAGAAGCCUCCCAGCCUUGAGACAGCUCACCCCAGACUCUGCAGCCUUCAUCCAGCAGAGUCAACUCCCCCAGCCAGCCUCAGGUCCAGUCCCCUCCACCUCACCCAUCCCCACCACGGUGGUCCUUGGCAGCCCAGCACCCCGCCUCACUGCCCCAGUCAGUAGGCCCCAGCUCCCACCAGCCAUUAGCAAACCAGGACAGACUGGCGCACUGGUUAUCCAGCUUCAGCAGCAGAGGGCAAUGUUGAGACCUCAGGUAGCCUUACCGACAACCCCCAUGGUGACUCUCAGAAAUCAGGCUCCUGGCCGCAUCAUGCUGGGGCAGCAACAGCUCCAGCUUAAAGAGCUGCAGCCACUUCCUGUGAGGCCGGAGGUGCCACAUGUUUCAAAACAAGUGUCUGCUGCAUCCUUGACCCAGGCUCAAAAGAACAAGCUGAAAGAGGCUGGUGGCACUUUCAAAGAUGAUGAUGACAUCAACGACGUGGCCCCCGGGGGGCUGGAGGGGCCCUUAGCAGAGGGAAAGCGAAAUACCCUAGAAACCAAUUCAAAAAGUGGGGCGGGGGAAAAAUUUCCCUGUAAGGAGGGUUUCCCUCCCCUUUUGGCCCUUUACAGGGAGAAUGCAGGAGAUGGGUGAGACAAUACAACUUUGUUGAAAAUGAGAAUUCUAAAUCCACCUCCAAAGCCCCAAAAAUGCCUUUUUUUUCUU